AUGGCUUCAUCCGGUGUCUUUCAGAACUAUUAUGAAACACAGCUUUCGGAGUCAUCAUCAGAUAUCUCCUGGAUCGGAGGGCUUCAGGUCUUCUGCCUCCUGGUCGUGUCUACCUUGUCAGGCCGCGCUACCCAUGCAGGCCUAGCACGGCCCGUUGUGCUAGCUGGAAGCAUCUUGAUUCUCCUCGGGACAUUCGUGAUCAGCCUCGCAAGCCAGUACUGGCAGAUAUUUCUUGCACAGGGCCUAUGCAUCGGGCUGGGACAGGGGCUUAUUUGGCUUCCCAGUGUUACCGUGAUUUCGACAUACUUUGCGCGGAAUCGCGUUUUUGCAGUGACUGCUGCAGCAACCGGCACGAGCACUGGCGGAAUGGUGUUUCCGGCUAUGAUUCAGUAUCUGACUCCGCAAAUCGCCAAGUGGACAGGCUUCCCCUGGGCCGUUCGCUGCAUGGGCUUCCUGGCGCUGAUUAUGGCGAUCAUCAUCAAUCUUCUCCUUCGGACACGCCUUCCACCUCGCCGAUCCGGCCCUUUGGUGGAAUGGGCCGCCUUCAAAGAACCCUCCUACAUGCUAUUCACGUUUGGCAUCUUCCUCCUUUUACUGGACGCUCUAUUUCGCUUUUUUCUAUCAUUGACACACACAGAUCCAAGUACAGCUGGGGUGAAUCUCGUCAUUGUAAUCAAUGCAGCUGGAAUCCCAAUUCGAGCACCGGGUGGCUAUCUCGCAGACCGAUACACGGGCCCCUUAAACCGUCUCAUUCCCUGGGUAGCAAUCUGUGGUGUUUUGAUGUACUGCUGGAUUGGUGUCCACACAGUGGCCGGGUUAUACCUCUUUGCGGGGCGGUUCCCUUCUCUUACGAAGGAUAUGAGCAAGAUCGGCACGCGAGUGGGUAUGGUUCUUGCGCUGAUGAGCGUGGGACCGUUGACGGGGCCAUCCGUGGCGGGUGCAUUGAUCUCGAGAACUGGGGGGAGGUAUCUUGCUGCUCAGGUGUGGGCUGGUUCGGCUUUUGCUUGUGGGUGCGGGGGUCUUGGUGGGCGCGAGAGUGUUUGUUCCUGGUUGGAGGUUGAUGUAUAG